AUGGUCCGCCUUUCUCUCUUCGCUGUCCUCGCCACUGCUAUCGCUAGUGUCACUGCUCAGACGUCGGCUUGCCAGUGUCUUUUCCAAGAUGGCUCCCACUGCUGUGUUACUCUCAAGACCCAGGAUUGCCAACUUGAGUGCAUGAAUGUUGGCAGGAAGGGUGUCAAGUGCAACGCCAAUGGCAAGUUCUCUAACGUCAGCUGGCUCACUGGCGUCGGUCGUACCAAGUGCGAUUCCUUCAAAUAA